AUGAAAGAUUUAACAUCAACCUAUCUGGAUAAUUCUACUUCAAGUAACUUAUUAGACAAUAAUAUAACAGAAUCAAGUACCAAUACUGAAUAUAUUAUAUCAAAAUAUUGGAAUGAAGUAUUGCAUGAAGAUAAACUUAUUCAUCAAUGCAAGAAUUGCAAGAAGCUGCAAUUUUCAAUUAAUACAAGCAAAUCAUAUUUAAAAAAACAUACUGCUAAAUAUACAACUCAAAAUAUAAAAUUUAACUUUAUUAAACCCAUUACAAAAGAGGAUGUAGAUAAUUCUAUAAUUGAUCUAGUUGUUGGUUCUUGGAUAAGUGAUAACUGGAAUAUUAUUAAUAUUUUACUAAGUUUUCAAAAAUCUGGUCAGACAGUAAAAGAUAUUAAAUCAGUAAUAAUCAAUACUUUAAAUAAUUAUAAUAUUAAAGAUAAGUUUUUUUCAAUUAUCAUGGAUAACACAACAACAAAUAAAGCAGUUGUUUGGUUACUUCAAAAAGAGUUACCUAAUAUAGAUCUUAUAUCUAUUAGAUUUCAUAAAAUUAUGAAGUAUUUAGCAAAUCCACUAGCUAAUGGGCAUAUUGAAUUGAUAGAGUCAUAUUAUAUGUUUAAAAGAUAUAUUAUAUUACAUCUAGCAAUUAAAGAAAUGCAAUUAAAAGAAACAUCAAUGCCAUCUUGUUUGGAAAUAGACAAAUUAUUGGAACUAGAAUUAACUUGUAAAAUUCUUAAGUCAUUUGCAAUUGCAACGACAAUUCUUUCAAAAGAUCAUAAAAUAUCAGACUAUGUUUUAAUCACUCAUAUUCUUGAUCCACGAUACAAAAUGGAACAUUUAAAAGCAACUCUAUUAGAAAUUGGUGGAUAUUCAGAAAAAUAUGAAGAUUAUAUAAAACAUGAUAAAUUUUUUCCUAAAAGUAUCCAACCUUCUAGUGUUGCUAGUGAACAAGCUUUUUCUCAUGCUGGCUUUACAGUUACAAAGGAUAAAGCUAAUCUUAAUGAAAACACAGUAUCUAGCACAAUACUUAUGCAUUCAUGGUUAAAAGAAAGUCAAAAAAAAUCUAGUCCACUUGAAAAUUUGUCUGAAACAAAAUAA